AUGCCUGGUGUUCCGCCCGAUGCGCUUGAUCAGCUGAAGAAGGGCUUCAAGGCCAUCUUCCGGAAAAAGAAGGCGGAAGCUACGGGCUCAGCGACCGACACGCCAGAGGACAAGCCUGCCGAGGCUCCUGCUCAAGCUGCUCCUGCCACUGAAGCCAAGCCUACCGAGCCAACUACGGCUGCAGAGCCUCAGCCUGCAGCAGCAGAGGCUCCUGAGACAGAUAAGCCCGUCGAAGCACCAGCCACUGAAGCUAAACCCGAGACCGCUGAGGCUGCGCCUGCUGCAGCUGCGCCUCCCGCUCCGCCACCAAAGACUGAAGAAGCCCCAACUGAGGCUAAGGCCGACGCUCCUACUGAGACUAAGACUGAAUCUCCGGCCCCCGCUGAGACUCCGGCUCCCGUUGCAGCUCCUAUUGAGAGCGUCAACUCCGACCCGUCUAUACCUCCUGAUUCCACGGUUCCCGAGACCCCGUUUGAAACUCCGGCCGAGAAAUCCGCUGAGUUAGGUGAACCUGCAAAGCCUGCCGAAACGGAAAGGGCUGCAGAACCUGCGGAGCCCGCAGAGCCUGCUAAGCCUGCGGAGCCAGCUGAGAAACCCGCUGAGGAGAAACCUGCUGAGCCCACUGAGCCCGCGAAACCAGCUGAAGCGGAGAAGCCUGCCGAAGCUGCCGCUGAACCCGCGAAGACCAAAUAG